AUGUCGCCGUGCGAAGCAUUUUCACUUUGUGUUUUUUCUCCCUUGUUUUGGAGACGCCGUGCGUCAUCCCUUUCCUCCUGCCUCAACAGCUUUCUUCCCGCUUGCAGAAGGCCUACUGCGUUGUUUCCUGCAUGGUCGACUUCACUGCAGGUUACGUGCCGUUACAUAAGUUUCCUCCCACCGAAGCCUCCCACGCACUGCGGCACUCCUUUGCCCCCCAAUGCUGCCGAGGACGAUGAUCCUGUGUUUCCCUUCGUGCUGCUGCACCACACGCUGCCGCUAACGAAGCUAGCCAAGCUGCUUCCUGAUGAUGUGCUGGAGCAGUUAGAAAAUGGACUAAAGAGUCACCUGGAAAAAUUUCCUUCACGUUACCGUAUCCUCCGUGGAAAGAACGAGCUUCUUCAUGUCCAGUGCAGGGUGAAUGCCGGCAAGAAAGACAAUGAGGGAGCAAAGCAAGGCAAGGAGGAAAUCACUAGUGACAAGGCUGCUGUAGGGUGGACUCAAAAGUCAUUGGGCAGGUUUUUCACUUUAGAGAGUCACAUGAGAUGCACUCAUGUGGAGCGCCCUUUGCAGCGUGUUGAAUGUAAUGUCUUGCAUGGAAUGGAAGAGGAACACAUUCAUAUGCUGGAGGAGUUCUUCCGUGAAAAUGUGCUUCCCGACAAACAGGCGGAACUAUGGGUACUCACUGAAGAAUACACGCUAGUCAAAUUGCCGUCAUCAUCAGCAGCAGAAGAGGCAGCAAAAACGAUUGGAUUGGAGAAAUCAGCAUCUGCCGACUCUGAGACAGCAGGGGUGAUGGAGGAAAAAGAGGUGCUUCAGGCGUUUCGUUGGGUCCAGGUUGCCGAUGAACGCAAACUAAAUGAGGUCAAGGACAUGCUACGCAGUGAGAGUCGUAGCGGUGUAUUGGGAAAAGUAGUGGAUGGGAAAACAGCUCCGCACUGUGAUGCUUCCCCCAUAACUAUUUUUACAAGGACUUCGUCUUUCGUUCGCUUCUGGGUCCCUACUGCGCCUUUCCCGGUAGGUGCCACGCCCCACCCGCGUUAUGUGGAGGAGUACAAUCUCUACCGCAUGUGCCGUGCGUUGUCUACAAAAACGUUUAUGCGGUUUCCAGAGUUGCAUGAUGUCGUGGGUGAGUGGCUGACGCAACCUUUAGCGUUUGUAUUAGCCAUUGCAGGGGAGGAGGGCAGGACGACUGAAACGCUGAACGCUGCGGGCGCAGGACGCUACCUAUUGGAAUUUGAGGGUGACUUCAACGACCCGGAUCGCAUAGUGGGGGUGCGUUUCUGGCUUGACGAAGAGCGUUACCUGCCGUCGCAAUAUCGCAGUAUGUCGCGCCCAGAGCUAGAGAAGGCGCUCUCUGAGAUGGGGACUACUUCAGGUAAAAGUCUGAGCAAACUCCCCAAUCAUAAGCGCGUGCGGGUUAUCGACACAGCACGUCUGUUGAGACGCUGUAUUGCACUGCACGAGUUGGGUGCUAGUCCUCUGUGCCACCCGGAUGUUCUGGCGUACUACCUCUUUGAUAUUCUUCCUUUGGAUGGCCAGCUGAUUCUUACCGGACACUCGCCGCAGCUGCUUCCGGAAAGUGUACGGCGCAUCACGGAUGCGCGUUCGCGCGCGUGGUUGAAAGAAUAUCCACAUCUCUUCCGAUUAGUGGAUAUUCCCCCAGAUGUGUACGUUCAACGUGUGGACGCCCCCGCUCCGGGCAACGAGGAGGCCUACAAGAAGGAUCGGUGUCAGGAGGCUGAUGAAGAAGACAAGGGCACUGCAACCAGUUCUUCUCAGAGAAAGUACGACCCUACCGAGCAACUUCUAAACGACCCUGAGGAGCAGCUUCAAUUAAUUAUUUCCAUCGUGGCGGCCCGGUUGGAUGUUCUCGGGACGCGGAACUUGCUCCCGUCUCACAUACCGAAAUUUAUCAGCACCAAAGUGCGGCGCAAAAUGUUCCCUCGGGGCUUUGGUGGCAUUACAGAAUACCUCAAGCGGCACCCAGAUGUGUUUAUUCUCAGGAGUGGGAUUCACCCGCAUGAGCCAGUGGUCACGCUCGCUUCCAAAUAUCACCCCAGCCCUCAUUUGCCGCUCACAAACGCUGCAGAUGUCAUAAAAGAAGGGAGUUAA